AAGUCUGAAUAAGAAAGCAGCUCCUCCCGCUUCCUCGAGCUGCCCGCAGACCGGACAGCAGCGGCACCAAUCAGCAGGAAAACCACGUCCUUAUUUGGAUUAAACCCACCGUGAAUGAGUGACACUCCACCGGAGCACCGACACUGACUUCAGCAUCCCCUCUCUCAUCCGACCGACAUGCUCUCCCCGGGACUCUCCGUGUCUCUGCUGGCCGUGUCCUGCGCGCUGUGGCCGGCUGCGGUCCGGGCGGCGUCCUGCGAGUCGGUGCGGAUCCCGCUGUGCCGGUCCAUGCCGUGGAACAUGACCAAGAUGCCGAACCACCUCCACCACAGCACACAGGACAACGCGGUCCUGGCCAUCGAGCAGUUCGAAGGACUGCUGGGUACUGGCUGCAGUCCGGAUUUGCUCUUUUUCCUGUGUGCCAUGUAUGCUCCUAUCUGCACCAUCGACUUCCAGCAUGAGCCCAUCAAACCCUGUAAGGCAGUAUGCGAGCGGGCCAAGUCGGGCUGUGAGCCAGUGAUGAAGCGUUACAACCACAGCUGGCCCGACAGCCUGGCCUGCAGCGAGCUGCCGCUGUACGACCGCGGAGUCUGUAUCUCACCUGAGGCCAUCGUCAAGGCAGAGGGACCAGAUCCAUACUACCAGGACCCAGCCAGAUGUAAUCCAGAAUCCAGUCCAGACUUUCCAAUGGACUCCAACAACCUCCACUGCAGAGGACCAAAUGGAGAUCGCUGUAGAUGUAAGCCAGUCAAAAUGUGUCAGAAAACCUACCUGAGGAACAACUACAACUACGUGAUCAGGGCGAGGGUAAGGGAGGUGAGGAAUCGCGGUAUGGAACCCACAGCAGUGGUGGAUGUGAAGGAGGUGCUCAAGUCUUCUCUGGUCAACAUUCCCAAGGACACACAGACACUCUACUACUCAUCCUCUUGCCUGUGUCCUCCUCUGUCUCCUGGAGAGGAGUACAUCAUUAUGGGCUAUGAGAGCGAGGAGACAUCCAGGUUGCUCCUGAUUGACAGCUCCAUUGCUCAGAAGUGGAAGGACAGAAUGAGCAAGAAGGUCAAGAAAUGGAAUGCGGUCCAGCAGGAUGGCCCACGAACUCAUCACGUGAAACGCCACUGAGAUCUGACUCUGUGUGUGUGUGUGUGUGAUUGUGUGUGAUUGUGUGUGCGGGUGUGUGUGGGUGUGUGUGUAGAUAUUGCACUAUCACAGGCUGUUGUAGCUGAAUGUAGUUCAUCUCUUCAUCUAUCAGACUGUUUGGAGUUUGAUGUUUGUCAUUUAUUUUGUUUGCACAUACAUUAUUUAGUGUGCGUUUAGUGUGUGUGUGUGUGUGUGUGUGUGUGUACACUUAAAGCACUCAAUAAAGACACAUAGGGGAUAGAGCUUCAAAGCUGUAGUACUAAACCUACACACAGCCAUACAGUAUGUACAUGACACUUUUUCGGAACAAAUUUAUUUUCAGUGGUGGCCAUGUUGGCUCCACAGCUCUUCUCCAUGGUCACGGUCUUUAAUUAACCUGGAUGUUUGCCGUGUUACCACGCCGAUGUGACGGACGACAUCAAAUGAAACCAAUUUAAAUGAUACCAUUUGGACUUGAACAUUUUAGACUUAAAGGACAAUUCCAGUGCAAAAUGAACCUGGGGUUAAUAACACAUGUGUACCGAGUUGGUCCGUUCUCUGGGAUAUGUUUACAUGCUAAUCGACCGUGACCGGUUUUAGCACAAACCGCUAAUUAGCUUAUAACAUUAGCCAACGGGGCACCGAGUAACGUGAAAAGAAAUCGCUUUUUAUACCACUAACAAGACUCAAAAUAGCACCACACUUACAUGGUAGCAUAAUGAGGGCCCCUACCUAUAAACCGAAGCAUUGAGAACUUUGUAAGUGUACAGACAGUUUAUUAAAAAGAUAGUUUAGAACAACAGUAGCAUUCGCGUAUACAGGUGGGCGCUAUCUUGGGAAAACAGUCAGGGGUUAGGUCAUUCAAUGAUCAAGACUUACAGCUGGCGAUGUGAACUAAAACAAACGUAAUUUGCUCAAUAUAUCAGAAAUAAUCACAUCGAUGUAAAACACAACUUGUCUAGUGUACUUACUCAGUGGACAACUGUCCAUCUGGUCCCUCCGGUAUGAGUCGCUGCCUCCAAUUUAUUUUCGGGACAUGGAAAAAAGUUUCAAGUACAGCUCUGUUUAUUAGAGAGGGGAAAUCUUCAGACUGUACAAAACACUGCGUCUCUUGGGUGUCGCGACAGUUGUCCACUGAGUAAGUACACUAGACAAGUUGUGUUUUACAUCGAUGUGAUUAUUUCUGAUAUAUUGAGCAAAUUACGUUUGUUUUAGUUCACAUCGCCAGCUGUAAAUCUUGAUCAUUGAUCUGCAUGAAUGACCUAACCCCUGACUGUUUUCCCAAGAUAGCGCCCGCCUGUAUACGCGAACGCUACUGUUGUUCUAAACUAUCUUUUUAAUAAACUGUCUGUACACUUACAAAGUUCUCAAUGCUUCUGUUUAUAGGUAGGGGCCCUCAUUAUGCUACCGUGUAAGUGUGGUGCUAUUUUGAGUCUUGUUAGUGGUAUAGAAAGCGAUUUCUUUUCACGUUACUCUGUGCCCUGUUGACCAGCGUUAUAAGCUAAUUAGCGGUUUGUGCUAAAACCGGUCACGGACGAUUAACAUGAAAACAUAUCCCAGAGAACGGACCAACUCGGUACACAUGUGUUAUUAACCCCAGGUUCAUUUUGCGCCGGAAUUGUCCUUUAAAAAGAGGAAAGAAUAAUAUUCACGUUUUGUUCAAACCGCAACAAAACCAAUUGCAACAAAGCGACCAGAGCAACAAGACCAAAUGCAACAGCAGCAGCAGACAGAGGGAGAGAUUACUUACUACUUGUUGCAUCCAGCGUCUCCUCUGGUGUUAAAGUGUCACAACAACAGAAAAUGACAAAUUGUUACAAAUUGUUGAGCAGGAAUGCAACAGUCAGUGGGCACUUUAUAAGGUACACCUGUACAAACAAGGUAGAUGCUAGGUGUUUGUAGCCAACAAUGCUAUUUGCACCAGGGGAGAAUAGCCAAAAUUACAGUCAACAGGUCACCUAGGUUGCAAUUCGAACCCUGGUGGUUUAAGUAUGAAAUUUCAUUUUUAAAAUGCAGUUAUUCGUUCAUCAUUUGAGGACAGACAAAUAAUUUACUGAUUGACACACUGAAUUAGUUUUUUAAAGCUACUUUAAAUAGUAUUCAUUUGGAAUGACACACUCUAGACUCCAUAUUUGUUAAAACUAUAACUCAGUGACACACACUGCUUGUUUGUUUGAUUGAUGUGAUGUAAAAGGUACGUUCACGGUCCUCUUCAAACCUACAAAUAUUUGCUCCAUUUCCCAUGAAUUUCUAUUGAAAGAGAAUUAAAACACUGAUGCACUGUUUGGAAAUAGAGAAGUUAUUAUUUCAGUGUCAUCACUAUGAUUAGCAGACUUACACACUAAAAAGAGUCGUGCCAGCAGCACGUCCUUUUUUGGGACGGAGUGGAGGUACAUUUUGUUGAAUGGAGGACUAAUGUGACCAUACCUUAACACUAUGGAAUAUUAGUUUCUGCAUUUUACUUUUGAAGUGUGAAAACCUGCUGAAAGCAGGAAAAUCAAAUUGAAUAGAGUCAGCUGAUAGCAACGCUAACUAGCUAGUGGUCCAUGUUACUUUAGUCCCGGUGACAAAGAGCAGGUCCCAAAUGGAGUUUAAUGUUGAAAGUUGAAAAUACUUUUCUUAGAAAUUAAGGUUAAGUCGACUAUUGGGGGCAGCCCUACAACCUAGCACUUUCUCCAACAAUUAACAAGGCUUGUGUUUGUGCCACACACACAAAAGAAGAAUUCCAAGAGGUUUCACAAUAGUUAACAAAAAACAGAACUACAGAACUGUCUAACCACAUCUCGAUGUGUAUCGCACGCCAAAAGCAUACUAACAAAAGAUUUAGUUGAGGUAGUGUAGUCGAGAUAAUCCAGGGAAAUGAACAAAAUUGAAUUACUCAAAUACACUAGACAAAAAUUACUAGAAUAGAAUAAACUGGGCAUGUUUGUAAAGGCUUGUGGGUACCUAUAGAACCAAUUUUCAUUCAGAUAUCCUGAGGUCAGAGGUCAAGGGAUCCAUCGAUGUCAAUUUUUCCAUCGCCAAAAUUGCCUUACUUUGAAGCGUUCUUCUUAGGGCUAGUAGGCUAGCAAUGGAUGCCUUGGAUCAUCAAGUUUCAUAUGAUACCAGUCUUUCGACCCACAUCAAGAUGCCAACUGUGUAAGGGCUUACAUAAAAAGUAAAAGGUGCUUUGACCUCCAUUUUGUGUGUUGUUAAACCUUCCCUGUUCAGUCCCGCUACUCUAAGGAAGAGGAGAGGUUUUAGAGGCCAGUUGGUGAGAACUGUCUUGCAAAAAACAGGAUAGACAUAUUAAAUGCAACGAAAGUGAUUUAAAAUGCUUUUUUCACCGCAGACAUUUUGACUUGUCAUAGUAGGAAAAGCAUAUGUGUUACUAAUACCAUUAACAAUGGCUCUGCUCUGUUCAUGUGUCCCAGUAAGCAGUGACAGUUAGCCAGCAUGCACAACACAAGGACCCUGAAACCGAAGCAGCUUAAUGGAAUUCAACCAUCAUCAAUUGUAUAAUUUUCCACCUUUUCACCAUCCUACUGUGACAUGUCGAAAUGUCCUCUGUGAAAAAGGCCUUAUAGCAAGUCCUUUUUCAUUUCAUUGCAACUUAAAUGAGCAGGCUCGUGUGCUAUCUGAACACAGCCUCUGAUACUCAGUACUCUCAUUAUCACACAGUAACUCUGUUCAUGUAAAUACACUAACAUUCAAUACUACACCGCUUUUAUCAGUAAACUAUACUAACACUCCGAUACUUUGAACUUUCGACUCUUCACAGCAGUUUGAACCAUUAAAAAUGAAUUUAAACGACA